AUGGUAGCCGACUUACAUCAAUAUGGCAAUUGGAAUGAAGACUUGCUACUUCAAUCCUUUGGGGAGGAUCUUAAACACAGAAUCAUGGCAAUCCCAUGCAACAAAAACACUAAUGAGGAUAUGAUGGAAUUACUCGCCUCGAGAUCGGGAUACACUAUUACGUUCUUUACUUAUAUGGCUCAGUUUGAGGGAUCUGUACCCACCAAUGUCUGGCUGCACAAUUAUGACAUUGGAGAGCAGACUGAAUGCCCUUGGGGUUGCAUGCAAGCUGAAGAUAUAACCCAUAUCACCUCCAAUUGUGAGAUCAUGAUGGUCGGGAUUAUGUCAUUCUUUGGUAAUUGGGAGGACACUCUUCGUGCUCUUUCUUCUUCUGAUGGGGAAGGUUUAGCUCAUGCCCUUAUUUUUUGUAACUUGAUUCACCAAUGUUGGCGAGCUUGUAAUGCUAAAAAACAUGGGAAGCCUUUCGGUACACCCACUGUUAUUGCUGCCCUUGGGGCUUUCUCAUUUCCUUACCGUCAUCCAAUUCAGGAGCAAUGGACACCUCAGCUCUCAAGGCUGUCUUCUAACUCGCAUUGGUGCCACCCUUCCGGUUGGUUGAAGAUUUUUAAGAAGAAUCCCGAAAACCCUAAUCCCUCUCUUCCCGCCUUCUCUGUUCCCCAUCAGCGAGGCAGAAGAGAAAGUGCGAACCUUCCUUUUAAAAUCCCUCCUCCUCCUCAAUAUAGUGGCAAAUUCGCUGACUUGCCCUUCGAUGUAAUGGCCCGAAUUGCGGCGGCGUUCGAUAUCCCUGAGCUUUGGGCGGCUAGCACGGUGUGUAGGUCGUGGAGAGAGGCUCUUAGGCCUCUAAGGGAGGCGAUGGUGCUUCUGAGAUGGGGAAAACGGUUUAAGCAUGGUCGCGGGGUACGAUCCGAUGCUAAACGGGCGCUGGAGUCUUUCCUGAAAGGGGCUGAGAGGGGAUCAGCUGCUGCGAUGGUUGAUGCGGGGCUAAUGUAUUGGGAGAUGGGUCGGAAGGAGGAAGGCAAGAGCUUGUAUGCUAGGGCUGCCGAGCUAGGGCAUCCUGCGGGACAGUGCAAUCUUGGAAUCUGCUUCUUGGAAGCUGAUCCAGCUGAACCGGAGGAGGCUGUAAAAUGGUUCUUUCGGGCAGCUGAGUUAGGAAAUGCCCGUGCUCAAUACAGCUUGGCCCUUUGCCUACACAAGGGUCGUGGAGUUAAACGUAAUUUACAGGAAGCUGCGAGGUGGUAUCUAAGAGCUGCUGAAGGUGGCAAUAUACGUGCUAUGUACAAUGCCUCUCUAUGUUAUGCUACUGGCAAAGGAUUCGCACGGGAUCUCCGAUUUUCUAGGAUAUGGCUGAAGCGUGCUGCAGAUUGUGGUCAUAGAAAAGCACAAUUUGAGCAUGGCCUUGAACUCUUUUCUUCAGGAGACACCAUGAAGGCACUGGUCUAUGUUGAACUAGCUGUGAGAGCUGGAGAGACAGCUGCAUCACAUAUCAGGGAUGUGAUUGUUGAGGCUCUGUCGCAACCCUUACGGGAUCGUGCGAUGACCUCCGUCAACAGAUGGAGGCCGCAGCCCUUCAAUCGGUAAAAUUGUGAAGAAUGUAGCCUCUGCAAUUCAUGCAGCGGUGACAUGAAUCUGCUACCAUUAUUUCUGUCAGCAGUGAGAAGAAAACAAGAAGCUUCCAGAUGCAAAGGUAGUUUCAUAAUGCAAAUUGCAUUUAGUUGAACUCAGACAAAAGGAAACAAAGAACAGAAGUUUAUUGUAUGCCAUGUGGCUGGCUGGUUAACCAGAAACUACAAUGCUAUGUGUUUAAUGGACCUUCUGGCAAAAGCUGCGAAGGAGCCAUUUUGCAGCACAAGAAAUUCGGCAUUUGGUAGAUUAAAUGGGGUGCGUCUGGAAAUUUUUGAGGACUAUAUUAGAUAUGAAUUGUAUUUUGUAUGUAUGUAUGUGUAUACAUACUGGUAAAGUUUCUGUAGAAGAAUGCUUUUGAUGCGUGGUUUGAUUUGUUUUUAUGAAA